UAUUUGGGACCUCCAUCUUGUCGCUCCAUCAUCCAACCUCCAUCUUCUCCCCAAGGAACAGGACGAGAAGAGGCUCAAAAUGGAAACCAAAGAAGGAUCUGAGCUAAAGGACGAACUCACUCAGGUUAAAACCUCAACGCCCGCCAAAACCACCCCUCCCAAAUGCCUCGACUGCCGGCAAUACCUCGACGACCCCGACCUCAAGUUCUUCCAAGGGGACCCCGACGAUGCGCUGGAGGAGCCCGAGAUGCUGACGGACGAGCGUCUGUCCAUCUUCGACGCCAACGAGGACGGCUUUGAGAGCUACGAGGACCUUCCUCAACACAAGGUCACCUCCUUCAGCGUCUACGACAAACGUGGCCAUCUCUGCCCCUUCGACACCGGGUUGAUCGAGAGGAACAUCGAGUUGUAUUUCAGCGGCGUCGUUAAACCCAUUUACGACGACAACCCAUGUUUGGAUGGUGGGGUGAGGGCCAAGAAGUUGGGGCCCAUCAACGCGUGGUGGAUCACGGGAUUCGAUGGAGGGGAGAAGGCGCUCAUUGGGUUCACUACAGCCUUUGCCGACUACAUCCUGAUGGAGCCCAGCAACAACUACGCCCCCUUCCAACCCAUUCAUGACCUUCAAGGACCCUCCCAACCCAACCCACCCCAUGGACCCCCGCCCUGA